ACGCCCACAUCUGCGGAGACCGGGAGCCCUCGCGUGCUGUUGACAGCCCUUCUUAAUAUCCUUAAUUUGUUUUUUAAAUCCAAGUGGAAAAUGGCCUCGUCUUUACAAACAUUGAAACAAGUCAUGCGUUUCCUCGUGGAGAGCCCUGGAUUUGAUCGCGUUUUAAACAAGGUUGAACUCGUGUCAGCUAGUCCUGGUAAAGUUGUCUGUGAGAUGAAGGUGGAAGAGGAACACGCUAACCGAGGAGGAACGCUUCACGGGGGAAUGACUGCCACUCUUGUCGACAUCAUUUCUACUACUGCCCUCAUGCACACUGAGAAAGGAGAACCCGGUAUCAGUGUCGACAUGAAUAUCACGUAUAUGAAUGCAGCUAAAAUUGGAGAAGAUAUCUUGAUCACCGCACAGGUUUUAAAGCAAGGAAAAACUCUGGCAUUUGCUACUGUGGAUAUAACAAACAAGAUUACCGGGAAGAUAAUUGCUCAGGGAAGGCACACAAAGCACCUCGGCAGCUGAUCAAGAACCUUCAAUUCAGUAUUCAAAAUAUUGAAACCAUGUUCAUUUUGUACUGUAUACUUUCUGAAAUGACAUAAUAAAACAAAGACAAAAUUAA